UUUAGUUCUGGCAAUGUCACAUGGAUUCCUCCGGCUGUAAUUCGUUCCAGCUGCAGUAUCGACAUAGCUUAUUUUCCGUUCGACUCUCAGCACUGUUCGAUGAAGUUCGGCUCAUGGACAUAUUCGGGUUUCUUUACGGAUCUACGGAACGCCUCCGUUUCCGUUGGUACAUAUCAACCGAAUGGUGAAUGGGAAUUGUUAGGCGAUAACACAAUAAUAAUUGAUAAAAAUGUUUUUAAUACAAAUGCAUAUACUUCAGAUCUCACUUCGAAGAGAUCGAUAUUCUAUUAUGAGUGUUGUCCAGAACCUUAUUACGACAUCACCUUCACGAUCUCAAUAAGAAGACGUACGCUUUACUACGGGUUCAAUCUCGUUCUACCAAGCAUGUUGAUCUCUGCUCUAGCUCUGCUCGGCUUCACUUUGCCUGCCGAUUCCGGUGAAAAGCUCAACCUAUAUGAUUUCAUGUCUUCAUUUUCGCUUCGAUGUUAUGUCAUUCAAUGA